AUGCGAGAAGAAUUUCUUUUGUGGUUAUGCAAAUUAAUAUUCAUGAUUAAAGGAGGCAUUAACACACAUUACACAAAACAUACACAAAAUUAUCGACUUAGAUGUGGGAUGUUAGAAUUAUUCUUGCUUGAGUUUUGUUCAUUCGGAACUAUUACAUGCCAAUUUAAUCAAACAUUCGAAUAUUUAAUUUUAUUGUAUCGUCUUUUAGCACUGCACAAUAUUCAAAAGAAUGAGAACAACCAUAACUAA